AGUGUGGAUCUGAGAGAGAGAGGUCGAGGGGCAGGGGUUUUGCUGGGUACAGGGGGGGUGUGUAGAGCGAUGAGGCGGGGUUUAUGCAGGGUGUAUGAGUGUUAUGCGUUGGGUAUAGCUAGGAUAGAGGCCGUCAUGGACCAGAAGUUCAGGGAAACGGAYGAGCCCUAUCAGGCCCGGAURCUGCUUCUGAUURCCGAAGCUAAGCAACRGUCGGAURMAGUAGCAGCCACARCAAAGAAGAAGGYAGAGGACACCGAGAAGGCAUGUCUGUUGGCAAUUGAACAACAGCGCCAGCAAGACGRGGUAGCAGCAAAGGUUGUCGAUGUAGAAYGACUUCAACGACACGAGAAGAUAUUUAGCGGAGAGCGAGCUUUGCUCACAAUGGCAGCGGAAUGGCGGGCCGAGGCUGAGAAUGGGAAGCUGGAAGAGAGUGGAAACAAGAUCGCUCUACUCCUCUCCCAUCUCACGGACCUCCUGGCCGCGUGCAUUGCACAGCAGGACAGUCACAACCUCGACGACGCAGUUCAAACAUACAGUAAGGUGUUUGACCAACUCACCAGCCGCCUCCAGCAGCUGGAACAAACCGUCGCCACCCCCGUUGCCAGCUCUUUCAACAACUCCGAUCGCCUCGAGGCAUUGGAGAUCGACGUCGGAUCCCUCAAGGACGGCGUGCAGUUACAGCAAAACGCCACGCAACAGUUGGAGCAGCGGAUYUGUACUGCCACCACUCACUCGAGAUUGGAAACGCGCGAGACAACUCCAAAGUUCGAUGAUCAGGAGAUCUUCUGCGAUUCGACGAAGACGGACCCGAUUCCGUGGUUCCGUAAGUUCGAACUCAAGUUGCAGCUACACUACGUCAGCGAGCACAAGCAUCACACGUACUUAUACCCCCCCUCGGGGGGCGCGUGCCAAGCAUGGCUGGAUAAUCUCCUGUCCAAGUACAGAGUGGUGGCUGCCGACUUGCAUACCAAGAUCAAUUGGGAUGAUCUAAAGGCGUCGUGGCAUAAGCGGUUCCAAGUAGAGCCGCUUGAGAUCAAGGCAAUGGACAAGCUGAUGGUCUUUGAACAAGGCACGCUGCCGAGUGUUGACUGGAUUGCCGAGUACCAACGCUUGACAUCCCUCAACACGCAAACCGUCAAGAAUUCGGAGCCUCUUCCUCGCAUCGACGAUCUUCUUGAGCAAUUGGGCGACGCAAAGUAUUUGUCUAAGUUGGAUUUGAAGGCGGGAUAUCAUCAAAUCUCGAUCCGACCGAACGAUCGUUACAAAUCCUCAUUCAAAACGCGGUAUGGGCAUUUUGAGUGGGUGGUCAUGCCUUUUGGCCUCACCAACGCCCCGACGACCUUUCAAGCGRCAAUGACCAACGAUUUUCUUUCGAUGUUGGACCGGUUCGUGCUGGUCUACUUAGACGACAUUCUCGUCUAUAACCGAUCAUUGGAGGAUCAUCUUGAGCACCUUCGACGAGUGUUGGAGACGCUCCGCCGCACCAAGUACAAGGCCAACCGCGACAAGUGCGAAUUUGUCCGGCAAAAGCUGGAAUACUUGGGCCAUUUUGUCAAACCGGAGGGCAUCCACAAGUGGUCGGAGCCCCGGAACGUCACGGAUGUUCGUUUGUUUCUUGGCCUUGCCAGCUACUACCAAUGUUUUAUCAAGGGAUACUCGAAGAUCACGGCCCACUUGACCAAGCUUCAAUGCAAGGAUCGGCCGUUUGACUUCGGGGAGGAUGCGAGGGAAUCAUUUUUGGCUCUCAAAGCCGCGCUAUUAUUUGCGAAGGUCUUGUGCAUAUACGACCUACUAUUGCCAACGCACGUCACUACAGAUGCGUCCGACUAUGGCAUUGGUGUCGUCGUCGAGCAACACGCUGGCGUGGACUGGCACCCGGUCGAGUACUUCAGCAAGAAAGUGCCCGUCGUGCACUCCAUUGAUGAUGCACGCAAAAAGGAACUCCUCGCCUUCGUCACGCGCUCAAGCAGUGGCGGCACUUCCACCUUGGUAGAACCGCAGUGUACUCAACCUUCGAGAUCGGCGACGACCUGCAGGACAGCUUCAUCCGAGUUUCGCGACAWGUACACGAAUUGCUCCUCUCCUAAUCCGGCGCCUUCUCACUACCGGAUCCAAGAGGGGUACUUGCUUGUCCACACGCGGGGAAAGGACCCUCUUUGCGUUCCGAGUGACUGUCACUUGCGUACACGACUUCUUGGCGAGUUCCACGACGCUCCCGCCACCGGACGCUUUGGAGUCAAUCGCACGAUUGGCUGACUCCGCGAGUGACUUUGGUGGCUCGGCCUUAUCGACGACGCCACACGCUAUUGCGAGUCAUGCGAGGUUUGCCGACUCU